CAGGGAAAGCGCCCGAAACCAAGCAAGGCACUGCAAAAGUUGCAGCACAAGCAGCAGUUAAGAAGGAUGCAAAGAAGGAAGAUGCCAAGAAAAUAAAAACACCUACAGAAGAAGAACCCAAGGGAAAAAUGAAGUCACCCAAGAAGGAGCAGUCAGCUCCAAGCGAAAAGCAAGCAAAAGCAAAGCCUGAACGAGCCAAGGAAGAGGCAGCCGCUGCGUCCACCAAAAAAGCUGCACCUGGAAAGAAGGAAGAGAAAGCAGCCAAGACAGUGGAGCAAGAAAUUAAAAAAGAAAAAUCUGGGAAGACUUCUGCAGCUCUGAAGGAGAAAGAGACUAUGAAGGGGAAAGAAGUGAAGGCCCCAGCUUCCCUGAAGGAAAAAGCACCUGAAACUAAGAAAGGAGAAAAGGUCCCCACAGCAGGCAAAGAAGUCAAGCCAAAACUUCCACAGCCACAAGAGAAAAAGGAAGAGAAGCCAGAAGAAAAAGUUCUCAAGCAGGUAAAAGCUGUUGCAGUAGAAAAAACAGGAAAAGCGGGACAUCAAGCAAAAGAAGCACCCUCUGUUAAGACAGACAAACCAAAACCAAGUUCAAGAAGGCAAGGGCUGUGCACGCCCGAGGUCCGCGUUGGCAGAACACGCGCCCCGCGGAGGGACUCGCUGCGCGUCUCCAGCGAGCAGGUCCCGAGCUGCGCCACGCGGCAUCCCGCCUUCGCGUGUUUGCUUCAGGACUGA